CGAGGGCGGAGUAUAAUGACGCAAGAGAAUAAUGCGGAAUAUUUCACGCAGCAUCGACCGCCGCCGCCCCGGCCACUCCAACACAUAUCGCGGCCGCCGCCACACCUGCCACACCUUCCACACCUCCGGCGGAGACACCAACUUGAACAAUGGCAGUAAAUGUGUUUUCCACAAGUGCGACCACGGAGAACCUCAGUCGUCAUGACAUGCUCAACUGGGUCAACGACUGUCUUCAGUCUUCAUACACCAAGGUGGAGGAAUUGUGUACUGGUGCAGCAUACUGCCAAUUUAUGGAUAUGCUCUUUCCAGGAUCCAUUGUUCUAAAGAAAGUAAAAUUCAAUACAAAUUUGGAGCAUGAAUACAUCAAUAAUUUCAAGAUUUUGCAGUAUGCCUUCAAAAAACUCCAAGUAGAUAAGAUUGUACCUGUAGAUAAACUGAUUAAGGGAAAAUUCCAAGACAACUUUGAAUUUCUUCAGUGGUUUAAGAAGUUCUUUGAUGCCAAUUAUGGAGGGCAAGAAUAUGAUGCUCUGGGAGCAAGACAAGGGGAACCAAUGUUUGGCAAAGGCGGUCCACCCAGGAAAACAAAUGCUCCAACUAAUGCUUUUAGGCCUCUUGGACGUCCAUCUACAGGAGAUUUUGUUGCAGGUGGUGCUCGCCAGACUAUUACCCGCAUCGCAUCCAGACCAGCUGUUAGUAAUCGAUCACCGUCCACCAAUAAUGCACAAGUGGAGGAGCUCUCUGGUCAGCUGAUGGACCUGAGACUGACAGUCUCGGGACUGGAGAAGGAACGCGAUUUCUACUUUGGAAAACUUCGAGAAAUUGAAGUUUUGUGUCAAGAUGAGGGUGAGAACAAUGAAUUGAUUGCAAAAAUCUUGGAUAUCUUGUACGCCACAGAGGUAGGUGACAGUGCUUAAUGCAUUAUUGUAUACCACUCCUUCAAUAGGUAAGGCACCCAUCUGUAUUUAGAUCUUGAUUUAUGGGUCUGUAAUAAUUUAUUUUUUUAAUUAUAGAUAAGAUAAUCAUGGAUCAUGUAUAAGAUAUAGUACUGUAAAGGUUUUUUGCAGUUUUUGAGACCUGCUGCAGUCAAACGAUAAAUAUAUUUUUUCAUUUAAAGGCAUGUUUAUUUUAUAGAGCUAUGCUGUAAAGGCAUAAAUGACUGCAUAAAAGAAUUUAGCUAGAACUUUGAUUGCUCAUCAUGGCAGAUUACUUCAGCUUUUUUUGCUAUUAGAAAACUGCUAAUGGCUUAUGUUUCCAAUGCAUAUUUGUCAAUACAGUUGGAUGUGUAUGCAAUUUGGUAACCAGUGCUGAUGGGAGUUAGUCAUGUCUGAAGACAGUCACUGUGCAUUAGGUAUUUUGAUGUAAUUAAAAUAUAAUUGCAAUG